UAAAAAAAAACUGAGAAAACUAAUAAAAAAAACGAACAGAAGAAGACUAGGAUUCAAAAGAAAUUUUGAAGUCGUCUCAAUUGCUCGAUUAUCCUGCAUAUUCUGGGUUUUAAGGGAGUGAUUUGAACUCAAAAUGGCUGCUUGAUUUUGCUGCUAAUCCUUGGAUCUGUUUUGUUAGGCUCCAAUCAGCCGAUUUCUUCGCCUUUAUCUGUUUUUUGGAACUGUAGACUUGCGCUCCAGGUUACAGUAAAUUAUCUUGCUAAAAGUGAAAAAAAAAAAAAAAAGAAGAAGAGAGGAGAUGGAUCCGGAUUCAGUGAAAUCAACUCUCUCUAAUUUAGCAUUUGGAAAUGUAAUGGCUGCUGCUGCUCGUGAUUACCAGAAGGAAGUGUUGGCUCAAGAGAAGGCGCUAGCAUCAUCUUCUGUUAAUGAAGACAUAGAUCUUGAUGAACUGAUGGAUGACCCUGAGCUGGAAAAGUUGCACGCAGAUAGGAUUGCGGCUCUCAAGAAAGAAGCAGAGAAGCGAGAAGCUCUAAAAAGGCAAGGGCAUGGAGAAUAUAGAGAGAUUAGUGAAGGAGAUUUUUUGGGUGAAGUUACUGGUUGUGAGAAAGUGAUUUGUCACUUCUACCAUCGGGAGUUCUAUCGAUGCAAGAUCAUGGAUAAGCAUUUGAAGUCUCUCGCACCAAGACAUGUUGAUACAAAGUUUCUAAAGUUGGAUGCGGAGAAUGCUCCCUUUUUCGUUACGAAGCUGGGAAUUAAAACUCUACCAUGUGUCAUCUUUUUCAGGAAUGGAAUAGCUUCAGAUAGGCUGGUUGGUUUUCAAGAUUUGGGCGGAAAAGAUGAUUUCAGCACGAGGACUCUGGAGGGUCUUCUGUUAAAGAAAGGAAUCAUCAAAGAGAACAAGGAAGAAGAAGAUGAUGAAGAUUCAUAUGGUGAAAGAAAUAAGACAGUGAGAUCGUCAAUCAAUCCAGAUUCUGAUUCAGACUGAUGAGUUAUUAGUGGUCACCAGUUUUGAAUCAAAUGACUAUUCGUCAGCCUUGAAUGCAUUCGUAUCCAAAUUUUCUUGGUAAUUUAUUCACCGUAUAACAAAAAGUUCCAAAUCGUAAAACUAUUAAGUGCUGCGUAUGUAAGCGCAUUAUCCCUCUUUGAAGCUUUCAUGUCAUACCCUAAUCUUUUCAAAAGCUCUACGUGAUCUGCUUUAAUUUUUUUUGGAAUUAAA